AGGAGGAAGAGGAGGAGGAGGAGGAGGAGGUGCAGGCUGGCGGACAGAAGGAGAAAGCAAGCGGGGGAAACAGUCGCGCCUCGUUUACAGCACAGCCGACGCACUUCGAAUUCCGUAUCUCGUAACUUCUUAACAGAGUAGGAGCCGGAUUCCACCGAAGAAGGAGAAGAAAAAAAAGAAGAAAAAGAAGAAGAAAAGAAGAAGAAGGAGGAGGAGCCGGCAGGUUAUUUUAAAUGCUUUAGUAUUGGUUCUCACAGGAAGAGCCUGUGAAAGAAAUAUUUUUAACCUGACUACAUUAAAAGAGAGGGACAGAAAGAGGACCAUGUGUUCAGUCAAUGCAUCAUUAAGGGACUCACCAUACGCCCCUGCCUUCUGAGGUGCCAAAGUGUUUUGUUUCCGUGGGAAUGCCUUAUUUAUUCCGCGCCGAGCAGGCAUAUUUCUUUGCCGUGAGUCAAACAUGAACAAAACCAUGGUUUCUAACGACUCCUGUCACAAUACCACCUGCAAUGACGCUCUCACCGUGAACAGAGAUGGCAACCCUGCACUGAGCACCGUCAUGUUUUUGGCUGGCGUGGUGGGAAACCUGCUGGCUCUCUUCAUCCUCGGAGUGCACCAGAAGGAGCAUCGCUCCAGGUCGUCGGUCUUCUGCAUCCUGGUGACCGGCCUGGCCCUCACCGACCUACUGGGCACCUGCCUCCUCAGCCCACCUGUGUUCAUCUGCUACGCCUACAGCAGGUCCCUAAUACGUCUGGGCGGUGCGAGGCUGUGCAAUCUCUUUGCCUUUGCCAUGAGUUUCUUCGGCCUGGCGCCCACGCUCAUCCUGUGCGCCAUGUCCGUGGAGCGCUGCCUGGCCAUCAGCCACCCGUACUUCUACUCUGUACACAUUCGCCGAAAUUUUGCCAAGUUUACUCUUUUCUUUAUUUACCUCUUUUCGUUGGCCUUCUGUCUGCUGCCAUACAGCGGAUACGGCAAAUUCAGACAAUACUGUCCUGGCACGUGGUGCUUCAUCGACAUGGACUCAACAGGGGAUGAACGGCCCGCCAUGGUGCUGGCCUUCUCCCUAUCGUACUCCUCCCUCAUGGCACUGCUGAUCGUUGCCGUGUUUGUGUGCAACGGUUCAGUGAUUGUCAGCCUUUGCCGGAUGCACCGGAGUCAGAUGAUGCGGCGCGGCUCGGUUCCUUCGACAGGGAGGAGGAGGAGGCUGAGCCUGGCCUGGUUCGUACAGGGGGAAGAGGAGAUGGACCACCUGGUGCUGCUGGCGCUCAUCACAGUCAUCUUCGUGGUCUGCUCGCUGCCACUCACAAUUGCAGGUUUUAUCAACGCCAUUAAUCCAUUUUGUGGAGACGCAGAAAACAAGACAGCGUUCCGCUUCUACGCAAUGAACCCUAUCGUGGAUCCCUGGGUCUUCAUCAUCUGCCGCAAGUCGGUGUUUCACCACCUUUACUCUCUGCUGAGCUGCCGCUUCAGCAGAAAAGCUGUAAAGACGUCAGCACACUGCGCUCUGUCUUUACCCCUUGACAAUCACAUGCAGCGCAACCCUCCGGACGUGACCGAUCCAAAGUACUCGAGUAUACAUUUAUGACCCAAAAUAACCCAAAGGUUGUAAGCAAGGAGGAUUCCAUGUCUGAUAAAACUAAUUUAACAUUUGCAUACAGGAUACAUGCACUCCUCUAUUUUAAGUCACAAAGACGACCAUUGCACUAGGUCUUAAACUUCCAUGUUCUAAUAGAAACAGCUUUAAAGUUGACUUACAUCAUGCCAAUGAAAAAACUACUGUAGAAUCAGAAUAUGGGCACUGGGGUGAAGGCUAUACGCAUGAGUGUAGACUCACUUUCUUUUCUCUCAACAUGUCUAUUAAAUCAACUCCACUAUUGGAUGGUUCACAGCUACAGAUCUCUGAUGUGUCGAGCAGUCACAGUUAACAUGAAUACAAACUAUAAGCAGACGUUAAUCUUGUGUAGUUUUGUCUUAAGAGUAAAAUACUACAGUAAUGCAAAUUCCUAAUUCUAAUUUGCUUUCUUCCACUUCAAUGACUGUAGCCUGCAUAAAUACUGCAGACUAUAGUCUGUGUUCCAGCUGUGUUACAUUUCACCCAUGUUAGUCUUGGUAAUGUGACUUGGUCCCACCAGAGAUUACUCUGACUCACAUUGCACUGUUACACCUCCACAGAGUGCUUGUAUUAUGAAUAUGAACAUAUGAUAUAUGAACAUGUGAUGUAUUAAUAUUACAGAAUGAUGAAUACAGAUUACUGUGUAAAAGUGGAACAGCUCUUACCUCCUGAUCAAGACAGAGGACAAUAAAAUGAACACUUUUUUUUCCCUUUGAAGCCAUACAGACCUUUACUUACAGUUACAAUUAUUUUAGCAAAAGAAGUCUGUGUCUAUAUUCAGUAUACUCUCAUUUGCUAGCGCAAUAGAGAUGUUGAGGCUGAAUAAUGAUGUGCUAAUGCACUUGCUAUGAUUGACUAGUCUAAGUUAGAGGGGGGACAGUUAAUAAAAAGUGGAUUCUUCAUCCUGUCAAGCUGAAAAUGCACCUUUAUGCAUGAACAUUUGGUUCCCUUGUUAACAGUUUCACUGUCCAAAAUACCUAUGAUGCUUGUUUGUGAAUGAUAAGCUCUGCUGCUGCAAAAGUUAAGAUUUAGCUUUAUGUUGUUGUGACUUUAACUGAAUUUAUAUAGUGUAUUUAUGCCCUUUGUAUUUUGUGUGUCAUUACAGCCGUGCUGGUUUGUUUAUGAAAUGAAUUGCAGAGAUUUAGAGAUGACAGACAUGGUAAAGUGAGUUAAUUUACAUUUAAUUUGUAUAUUUCUGAAGUUUCACGUUCACUUUUUGCUGUAUAGUCACGUACUAAUUACUUCAAAACAUUUAACUUUUAACUUAAACGAUUUUUUAAAAAAGGCAUUACCACUUGCACAUGUGUUCUUAACUGUCGGAUAUUUAAAUUGCACAUACAUCAAAAUGAAUAAAAAAAUAUAUAUGAAAAGAUAUAGUAUUUUUUACCUGAUGUAUAUUUUAUCAAUGUAAAAUAAAUUAAUACAAGGUAUACAAUAAUAGCACAAUUUAUGUAUGUUCCCAAAGAGAAGAAAAUGUUGUGUCAUCAAAGUCUUACUUCUCUGUAUCUCAGUCCAUGUAGUUUUUGACUUCCGAUUGGACAUGAGUACCUUUAAUCUGGGUUUACAAUAUAUGAAAUUGAUAGGAGAU